AAGAAGAAGAAGGAAAGAGGCCUGUAUUCAAGGUGCUGAAGAGAAAGAAGGAGAGGGUAGAGGAAGAUAAUGAAGGUGAUAGAGAAGAUCAAAGCAGCUUCAAAGGAAGAACAAGAAGUGUUGUUCUCAUUCGAAUACUUCCCACCUAGGACACAAGAUGGUGUUGACAAAAUGCUUGAGCAAUUGGAUCGUAUGUCACUCCAUAGUCCAGCUUAUUGGGACAUCACCUGGAGAGACUCUGCUGCAAAACUCAGCCUUGAGAUGGCCAAUGUGAUGCAAAACUUGUUCUCAAUUGAAACCAUGAUGCACCUCACCUGCACCAAAAUGCCUGUAGAGGAAAUUGAUCAUGCCCUUGAUACCAUCAAGUCCCAAGGUCUCCACAAUGUUCUUGCCCUUCGUGGUGAUCCCCCUCUUGGCCAAGACAAGUUUGUCAAGACUGAAGGCGGGUUCGAAUGCGCCCUCGACCUAGUAACCCAUAUUCGAAACAAGUAUGGUGACUACUUUGGUAUUACCAUCGCCGGUUAUCCGGAGGCACACCCCGAUGUGCUACGGAUCGAUGAUGGUUUACCAACUUCUGAAGGAUACCAAAAUGAUCUUGCUUACUUGAAGAGGAAGGUUGAUGCAGGGGCAGAUCUUAUCAUCACUCAACUAUUCUUUGAUACCAAUAUUUUUCUUAAUUUUGUGAAUGAUUGUCGACAAAUUGGAAUUACGUGUCCAAUUGUUCCGGGCAUUUUGCCAAUCAAUGACUAUAAGGGCUUCUUGAAGAUGACUAAUCUUUGCAAGACAAAGAUACCAACUGAAAUAACCACUGCACUGGAGUCUAUUAAGGACAAUGAAGAAGCUGUUAGGGCUUAUGGAAUUCACAUUGGAACUGAGAUGUGCAAGAAGAUUUUGGCUCAUGGGAUUAAGACAUUGCAUUUCUAUACUGUUAACAAGGAGAUACCAGCAUUGUCUAUAUUAAUGAAUCUUGGGUUAAUCAGUGAGAUCAAUAUCUCAAGGCCCCUGCCAAUAAACGAGGAAGACGUCAAAAAAAUGUCGUCGGAGUUGAAGAAGAUGCUUCGUCGUUGA